CUUUGUCAGAGCCGUUGACGACCACUGGCCCCUGAAGCCGAUGCGAGGUACUGCCUGCUCUGUCAUUAGGCGAAGCCCACUGUCUAGGUUUGGUUACUUCUCUCUAUGCAACAGCCGUGAACAGGACCUGCCCGUCACAUUUCCUUCUACUUUGUUCUACUCACUGCUAAAUCAAGGCACUAAUAAUUCAGCAAAAGCCUCCAAGGCAACAAAAGUGAGAGAAUUGCAGAUCUUUUUUUAGACGUGUCUACUAUCUAGCCUACUAACACAUCCUCAAGAUGUCUGGAGAGGACGCCCCAGCCCAGCAGCAAGACGCUGUGGAACAGAAACAAGAGAAGCCUAGCGAAGAGCCGAAGACGGAAUCCAAGACCGAGUCGACACCUGCCCCGGCGGCUGAGGCUGCCGAGGCAUCUCCGGCGGCGACCGAAAAGGCACCAGAGGAGGAGGCGUUCACCUACCGCGCGCUGGUGCUCACCGGCUAUGGUGGCUAUGACAAAGUGAAGCUCCAGGUCAAGAAGGGUAAGCCGGUCCUCAAGGCAGGAGAAGUCCAGGUGCAGGUCAAGGCAUGCGGGCUGAAUUUCGCCGACCUGCUGGGCCGGCAGGGUCUGUACGACCGGCUGCCAUCCCCGCCGGUCACCCCGGGGAUGGAGUGCUCCGGAGUGAUCGAGGCGGUCGGAGAUGAAGUGACAGACCGAAAAGUCGGCGACAAGGUGAUGGUGAUGGGUCGCUCGGGCCUUUGGCAGGAAGUGGUGGUGGUGCCCGCGGUCCAAACCUUCCCCAUCCCUGAGGGCAUGAGCUUCGAGGAGGCGGCUGCACUGCCUGUCAACUACGUCACGGCGUACAUGAUGCUGUUCGACUUCGGCAACCUGCGGCCUAACCAGAGCGUUCUGGUCCACUCCGCAGCAGGUGGUGUGGGCAUUGCCGCCACCCAACUGUGCCAGACUGUGAAGGAUGUGACUGUGUUCGGCACAGCAUCAGCCAGCAAGCACGAGACCAUCAGCCAGGGUGGGGUCACGCACCCCAUCGAUUACCGCACAAAGGACUACGUGGAGGAGGUCCGCAAGAUCAGCCCCAAAGGACUUGAUAUUAUUCUGGACCCUCUCGGAGGAUCAGACACCCACAAGGCCUACAACCUGCUGAAGCCCAUGGGCAAGCUCAUCGCCUAUGGUGCAGCCAACAUGCUGGCUGGUCAGAAGAAGAACCUGCUGGCAGUUGCUAAGAACUGGUACCACCAGUUCUCCAUCCACACGCUCAGCCUGAUCCAGGGCAACAAGUCUGUGUGCGGCUUCCACCUGGGCUACCUCGACGGGGAGACAGAGCUAAUCAGCCAGGUGAUGGACAUCGUACUGGAGCUCUACAAGCAGGGCAAGAUCAAGCCCCGCAUCGACUCCACCUGGCACCUGGAGCAGGUGGGCGAUGCCAUGAGGAAGAUGCAGGAGAGGAACAACAUCGGCAAGGUCAUCCUCAUCACAGAGCCCAUGCCUGAGGAAGAGAAGAAGGAGGAGCCCAAGAAGGAGGACAAGAAGGAGGAGAAGAAGAAGGACGAUAAGAAGAAGGACGACAAGAAGAAGGAUGAAAAGAAGAAAGAUGAGGCCAAGAAGGAGGAGGAGCCCAAGAAGGAGGAGCCUAAGAAGGAGGAGGAGCCUAAGAAGGAGGAACCCAAGAAGGACGAGAAGUGAGCAGGGAGGAAUAGGGGUAGUCGAGCAGAGCAGCGGGGGAGCUGGCGUCCUGGGAGUGGCAGGGUGGUGUUGGGAGGGGGGGGGGCAUGAGAUAUGGAUAGAGAUGGGAAGAGAUGGAUUCAGAAUGGAGAGGGUGAGAGAAGAGGGGUACAGUUGGCGUGGGGGGGGACGGAGGGCAGGUGGGUGGAGGAGCGUUUAGGGUCGGUAAAAGUACCUUCACUAAGCAGACCAUCUCGCUCAUCUCUUCCAGGGUCUCAGCACCGUUGAUUAUUUCCUGAAUCGUGUCAUCCCCCCUAGGGCUGUGCUCCACCCAGUACUGCACCCCCAACUUCUUUUUUUUAUCGUCACUGCAACCAAACAUCUCAGACACCUUCUCCCUGGUGUUGAUUAAGGCUAUUAUUAAAUAAGGCUAGUUGAAAAGGGGUAAGGGGCUGUGAAUCGCGCUCUCUGCUCCACGAGAGUGAAAUAACAUAGUCACACCUUUAAGGACCUAUGACAAAAAAAACACCCUUAGUAUUUGGGUGACCUAAAGAGAUUCCCUGAGACGACAGCAAGCCACUGUGUUGUGGGCUCUCUCUCUCUCUCUCCCCCCUUGACUCCCAAUACGCUGCUCCAUCUCUACCCCCCCCCCCCGAAUGUGCUAAAGUGUUCUGCUCUGACUCCUAACUGCCACAUCCACCCAACCAUUGUUCUGAGUUCCCCCCAUCCAUUCCCAUCCCUCCUACAUCCCCUACAGUCUGGACCCAUGGACAGACUUCCAGACAGACAGACAGACAGACAAACUGACAGACGGCAAGGCAAACUAAGAGCAAAGUGAAGAACGACACACACACACACACACACACACACACACAAAUGCAAACUCACACGCACACUCAUUGUCCAAGCCACAGUUAUGAAACUAAAGAUGAGUCACCAUUGUGUACGAUUGGCUGUAGCCCCCUCCUCUUCUCACCUUUUCUUCAUACCCUGGUGAACGCUACGUUGGCAAUAAAAAUAUAUCGAUUGCGAACCACUUCCUAGUUUAAACAAGAGAAGUCCACUAAAGUUAAAGUCUUAUCUGGCUCAGCCAUCUUGUUGAACAAAGAGUUAUACUAUUAGCUAUAUUAUACAAUACGACAUGUAUCACUGCACACAUAAAGUACAUCCAUGCAGCUUUGCACCAUUUUAAAACGCAUAAUGUCCCUUUGUAUUCGAUAUUGAAUGGUGAUCGUUGCUUAGUUUGCGCUCCUUGGAAACAGAUUUUCUAGCUGACUAACUGUUGGCAAGAAGGGUGCAGUGCCAAUUAAGGAAGAAUUUGUUUCUGUUCAAACAAAUUGCAAGCAGACACACUUAGAGAAACACACACAUACACAAUUUCUAAUGAAAGGGGCACUGUCAUGUGGGGACAUUCAAGCGUCUAAACGGAUCAAGUGGGAAGGGGGUACGCUGCUCCUUUUCCUCAGGAUCAGGAACUCUUCCUCCCUGAUCCUCCUCAAGGCAUUCCGGGACAUUCCGGCCCUCACCCGGUGACCACCAACCGCUCGUCGUUCACCCUGAGCCGGGAGACGAGAGAUGAAUCCAUGCUGCUGUCGUGCUUACUAUCCCCUCUCUCUGGCUCUCUACUCCACCAUUCUCUCUCGCUCUCCUCUCUUUCUCCCACCCUCCUCUUUCCAUCUCCCAUCUCCCUCGCUAUGGUCGGCAUAGCAACAGGCGUCAGGCUCGUCAGAGAUGGCACUGUGGUUGGCUUCUCUUGCGCUCUCGCUCGCCGCCCCUCCCUCUCCCCCCUCUGUCUUUCUCUCUUAUCUGCUCUCCUCGUUCUUAAUUAUUUGCCAAAAGUUGGUACUAUAGACCAAUAUUAAACAUUUAUUAGAAACUUCUGCCUUUCCUGCCAUGUUGUUGUGAAAUUUGAAUCAUAUUGACUUUGUGAGUGCCACCUGCUACAGUCCUAAAAGGUGUCAGGGUGGUCAUAAAAUAAUGUCCCCCCUAAUGGCAGACCGCCUUUGGAACUGAUAUUGUUCUUCUGACUGCCCUCAUAUCACAGGUUGUAUUCACAAAAUUCCUUUGGGAUUUAGAUGAAACGGCGACUUAUCCUGCCGUCUAUCGUACCCGUCUGUCUGUCUGUCAGCCUGCCCCAUACUGUCCAGCCUCAGAUGGUGACUAGUGAUUUUGAAAAAAACAAAAGAAAAAAAAACGAAACGUGUUGAGCAUGAGUGGCCUCCUCAUGUGUUGUGUGUGGUGUAUCAUCGUGUGUGAAGAUGUGCGUGUCCUCAGGUUGUUUGUCAGGUUUAAAAAAGCACCAAUUAUAAUUCUCCCACCCAGAUCACCUCCCUCUAAUUAUCUCACUCUCUCACUCUCUCUCUUGCGCCUUGUCUAAUAUGUGGCCCUGUUUGUAGAGGCCAGUUGGUAUUGGUAUUUUGCACUCUGCUCACUGAUGCACUUACAAGCAUAGUUUCCCUGCUCUAGCCUACCUGAGGCCUGGUCCUGCUCUUCUCAUUCUGCUAUCUUUAAAGAUAGUAAGAUAGUAAACUAUCUUUACUAUGUUCCUGCAGAAGCUCACCAAGAGCAUCACUAACACACACACACACACACACACACACACACACACACACACACACGCACACACACGCACACGCACACACACACACACAAACAAUUUUUUGUUAAACAUUUCCGAUCAUUCAUCCAUGCUGACACCGUCUGAUGUGAAUCGUGGAGUUGGUUCGGCAGGGCUGGACUGGGACUGCUAGGUUGGAGAAGGGAAGUGACUGUAUCCUGUCAGCCUUUAGUAAGCCCCCCCCCCCCCCCCCCCCUGAUAACCUGUUGAAGCGGUGCUUGUGUUCCUGAGUGCCAUGAGACAAACAAACGCUUCUGUAAAACUAUGUUUUCAUAAAUGUUAUUUUAUUUAAUUUUUUUCAAGGGUUUAAAGUUCAAAGUUCCUACACGGGGGCACUGCUAAACUUUCUGUUGGUAUGAACCAUUGUGCCAAAUUACUAUUUUUUGGCUCUUUGUCUUUUGCAUAUAAACAAAAAACUUUUUUUUAAGGUUAACUCAACCUUAUAGAAUACAAAAAUAUGAAAAACAUUGUGUAAGAUUUCUAUCCAAAAAGAUAAUGGGUGCUGACAGAAUUUAUAAUGCAGUUAACAAAAGUCUAACAAUUGAGUGUUUAAUUAUAUGCAGCCUUGCUCUACUGUAGGCAUGCACCGUGUUCUCUGUUAAACAGUUUUGCUCAUCUGCCCAUCACUGUGUAUUGAAAUUUAAUUACAUUUGAAAGAAUCCCAAUCGUAGCUAAUAAAUCACAUCCAAUCGCA